AUGCCUCCCCGCACGUCUGCCCGCAGAAAAGCGCAAGCUGUUGUCGAGACCAAGGUCGAAGAGACGACGACAACGGCCACGAGGACGAACGGAACGAGCACAUCUAUCGCUGCCACUCAGACAAAGAGAACAGCUGCUAAGAAACCAGUCGCCAAGCGCAAGGCCGCGUCGGACGAAGAGCACGAGAGCUGCGGCAGCUGCGCCGAGAAGGACGAGGAGAAGCCCGCCAAGAAGAGGAAGACCGCGGCCAAGGGCAAGGCGAAGAAGGAGGACGAUAUGCCUCUGGCGGAUCGGACGGCAGUUUCUUCGUUGAAGAAGGCGAUGUACAUUGGUGCUCAUGUGAGCGGUGCUGGUGGUGUGCAAAACUCUAUCCAAAACGCCCUCAACAUUGGCGCCAAUGCCUUCGCGCUGUUCCUCAAGUCACAGCGGAAGUGGGAGAGCCCCCCGCUGGCAGCGGAUGCGAAGACGCAGUUCGUCUCUCUGGCAAAGGACAACGGCUACGACGCUGCCGCCCACGUCCUCCCCCACGGUUCCUACCUUGUCAAUCUCGCCCAGGCAGAUGCCGCCAAGGCGAAACAGGCGUACACGAGCUUCAUUGAUGACCUCCAGCGGUGCGAGCAGCUUGGGAUCAAGCUGUAUAACUUCCACCCGGGGAACACGGGAGGCGCCUCGCGCGAGGAGGCGUGCGGGCGCAUCGCGGCGCAGCUGAACACGGCGCACAAAGCGACGAAAAACGUCAUCACGGUCCUGGAGAACAUGGCUGGCGCGGGAAAUGUCAUUGGCACCAAGUUCGAGGACUUGAAGCACAUCAUCGACAAGGUCGAGGACAAGGAGCGGGUCGGCGUGUGCAUCGACACCUGCCACGCCUUCGCGGCGGGUUACGACCUGAGGACGCCCGACAAGUUCCACGAGACGAUGAAGGAGUUUGACGAGAUUGUCGGAAACAAGUACCUCAAGGCAUUCCAUCUCAACGACAGCAAGGCCCCCUUCGCCUCGCAUCGCGACCUGCACGCCAACAUCGGCACGGGCUUUCUCGGCCUGCGCGCCUUUCACACGCUCGUCAACCACGAGCCCUUCCAGGACCUCCCCAUGGUCCUCGAGACGCCCAUCGACCGCAAGGACGACAACGGCAAGACGGUCGAGGACAAGCAGGUGUGGGCGGACGAGAUCAAGCUGCUGGAGCGGCUAAUUGGCAUGGAUGCCGACGGCGAAGAGUUCAAGGAGCUCGAGGAGGAGCUGCGGGGCAAGGGGGAGGGCGAGAGGAGCAAGAUCCAGGACCAGGUCGACCGCAAGGCGGAGAAGGACGCGAAGAAGGGGACUAGGGGGGCGAAGAAGGGUGCGGCGGUGAAAGGGAGGAAGAAGAAGGCCGAGACGGAUGAUGAGAGUGAUUAA